AUGCAGUGGACGAACUUUCUGUGCCCUCUGAUCGCCUUGCAGGCUAGCCUGAGUGCUGCCUGGGGCACCCACGUUAAGAGAGGAUCGGAGACCAAUGCCACCCUGUUGGCCUAUGGACAGAACUCUUCCGCUUACCCCAUUGCUUAUGGGCUCAGUGACGGUCUUCUCUACAUCGCCCAAGAUCCGGAGAACACUGCGGCGGACCUGACUCCUAUGACCUGGGAUCUGCCCUCCAUCACUGAUGAGUGCUGGAUCGUGAACGGCACGUUUAUGAACGGUACUCGGGCAGGAUCCCUCUAUAUCCGACCGGAAAGCGACAACUGUCUUGGCGUGCUGCCUUUUGCCCAGGCUGAGGGGUUGAAUGGUGUGGUCACGGGCUUUGGCCUCUUUGCAUCGCAGCUGGUCUACAACAACGAUACCCAGCUGGAAGCACAGUUCUGGGCGUCGAAGACAGACAAUGAAGAUGUCUACAAGCUGGUGUGGGUGGAGGACUCUUCGCAGAUUGCGAGCGAAAGCUUUCCCGUCGUGGUGAAGGCGUCCGAGGACUCGACCUGA